AAGUAAACGGAAAUUCCAGCUACUGAUAUGUUGUUGCUUCAUUCAAUGCUGUUUUCAUUUCUAUGUACACAACUAGAUCACAGACCAACUUAAUAUAUAUGUGGAGUUUACUCAGAAAAGAUCAUUCAAUUUUUAAUCAGGCAAUAUUUGUAUUUUUUUACAUUAUAUAUUUUAAUAGUUUUAUACAUUCAAGGAAAAUAAUGAACUUUAUACUGCUAAUUUUAUUAACUGCAUUGUUAUUUAAUCACGUUACUGCUGAAGAAACGGUUACGAAUUUAACAUGUCCCGAAUUCAAAAACAUCGUCAUAGGCUCGUUUUUCUAUGCGUUUUCUUCAAAUCAAGCUUACAAAGCAGCAGAUUUUUAUCUUGCUACAGAAGAUAGUAUAGACGGAGUGAAAAUCGGCGAAAAUGAUUGGGAACCACUUAACAGCAAAGCUUUUAAUCUUUCGCGAAAAACUUAUUUUGUUAUUCAUGGAUACAGAGCUGAUCAUAUAAAAGAUUGGAUCAGAGAUUUAAAAAGAAAACUUCUCUUUACUAAUGACAUCAAUCUUUUUAUUCUUGACUGGAGCAGCAAGAGCUGGAACUAUGUCACUGCUGUUCAAAGAACUUAUUUAGUUGCAAAAGACAUUGUCAAAUUUCUUGAAGAUAUGAAAGAAAAAGUCUCAGAGUUAAAAGAGAGUAGUCAAAUAUCUUGGAAUAACUUGUACUUCAUUGGACACAGCCUUGGUGCUCAUAUUAGUGGCCAAGCUGGACGUUUGCUCAGAAAUAAAAGUAAUUUUUUCAAAGUUGAGAGGAUCACAGGAUUAGAUCCAGCUCAGCCUUGCUUUUUACAAACUGAUUAUAGUAUGAAACUUGAUAAAAGUGAUGCAGAUUUUGUUGAUGUUAUUCACACCCAAACAGGCAAUGGCAUGAAUGGAAUAAAUGGAUUAGGCUUACAAGAAUCUAUUGGUCAUAUUGAUUUUUACGUGAAUGGCGGAGCAUUGCAACCAGAAUGUGAGAGAGUAACAUCUUAUCUCCAUACAACUAGAAUUCAAAAAAUGAUAUGCAGUCAUGAUUUAGCCAACAUUUUUUACUUGGAAUCUUUAAAUAAGUCAGGAUUGGAUAACUGUAAAUUUUCUGGAUACAGCUGGAAUGGUAGUUACGAAAAUGCACUGCAAAUUUUAAAUAGAGUAGACAGAGAAAAUUAUUGUUCCGAUUGUCCAGAAAUGGGUAUAAAUGCUAUAAAUUAUCAAAAAAGCCAUGGAAAAUACUUAGUAAUUCUACCUUUACAGAAACCAUAUUGCAAAUUUCAAAACAAUGAUAAGGUGCUGGUGCAAAAGGGAUUAGAAGAAUUAAAGAUUAAAACUGCACUCUUCCAUGACAGUAAUUACAGUCCAGAAGAUUUAUUCGAAAAAUUGUCUGAAGUUUAAAAAGUAUCAUGUGUAAAUUAAAAUAAAAGUAGCCAGAAUGUAAAUUUAUGAAUUUUUGUAAAAUAAAAUAAAAUCAUAGAUAUAAAAUA